ACACCCAUUUCACUAACAUUGUAUAUAUUUGUGGUAGAUAUUUAAUAUACUGAUGCUUCUCUGGGGAUAUACUUUGUUGCGAAUUAUACCUGGCAUGUGUAUUUGGAGGUGUUAUCCUAUUUGGACUGAUGGUUUCGCUUGUUAUCCAGCUACAUAACGCUUUGUUCGGACGGCUAGCAAACUCGCUAGCUAGGAUUUUUCCGGAAGAGCUCCAUUUUAUUAUUUUGUUUAUUUUGUCAGUAAGCGGCAGGAAUAUACACGGCAGUGGAUAUUUUCAAUAUCCUGAACCACAAUGGCCACCGCACCGUACAACUAUUCCUACAUUUUCAAAUACAUCAUCAUCGGGGAUAUGGGAGUAGGAAAAUCAUGUUUGCUUCACCAGUUCACAGAAAAGAAAUUCAUGGCGGACUGCCCCCACACCAUCGGCGUGGAGUUCGGCACCCGGAUCAUCGAGGUGAGCGGCCAGAAGAUCAAGCUGCAGAUCUGGGACACCGCCGGGCAGGAGCGCUUCAGGGCCGUCACCCGCAGCUACUACAGGGGUGCGGCUGGCGCGCUCAUGGUCUAUGACAUCACCAGGAGAAGCACUUACAACCACCUCAGCAGCUGGUUGACGGACGCACGGAAUCUGACCAACCCCAACACUGUGAUCAUCCUCAUAGGAAAUAAGGCUGACCUGGAGGCGCAGCGGGACGUCACGUACGAGGAGGCCAAGCAGUUCGCCGAGGAAAACGGUCUGUUAUUCCUGGAAGCCAGCGCAAAGACGGGAGAGAACGUGGAGGACGCCUUCCUGGAGGCGGCGAAGAAGAUCUACCAGAACAUCCAGGACGGGAGCCUGGACCUGAACGCCGCAGAGUCCGGCGUGCAGCACAAGCCCUCCGCGCCCCAGGGCGGCCGGCUCACCAGCGAACCACAGCCCCAGAAAGAUGGGUGCGGCUGCUAAUGACCCGCCCCCUGACCCCGCCUCCGUCUGCCUCCGCCAUUCCCGCGGGUCGGUGCGAGCGUGGGGCCCCGUAGGGACUGAACGAGGGGCAGGCUGGGUGCCCGUGGCCCCUCCCCUCCCCUCCACCCCCCCCCUCCCCUCCCUGCUGCCCCCCCCGCACAGCCCCAUGUCCCGCAGACACCACCCUCCCCCGCACUUUUCGGCACAGGUCAUCUCCAUGGUAUCCGAUUCCGAGCGCAUUUCUCAGAGCAACCUGGAAGUGGGUGACCGUGGCUAUUAACAAUUGCAUAGAGUUAUUAUUAUUUAACGUGCGUCAAAAAACCCAAACCAAGCAGGCAUACAUUGAUCUUUAAAAGACCGACUUGCCAGUCUCUUCAGAAGAACCACUCCAUUAUGGUUUAAAUGUAGGCCUAUUUUAAACUGAUUGUGUAAAAUAUUUCAUCGCGCUCUUGUGUGUGCGUUUGCCCCUGUAGCAGGAAAUGGCGGUGUGAAAUGGGCAGUAUUGACGAGGCCAGGCGUGUUGCAGCCUGUCUGAUGUCAGGUGUCAGUCACGGGACCUGGGGUGUGUCCGAGCGUGCCCGUGACACUGUUAAGUGCGUGUUAUCCAGCCUGUGACCAGGGACCAUAAGCACUAAAGAAUUUUUGCAGUAGCUCUUAACGGGCCUCCACUUUGGAAGCUUGUCUCUUGGCUUAAAAGACGGGUUUGAGAGCCCACCUACAGCUGUGUGCGUAGCGUUAAAGACGAGAAGGAACACGCUGGGCCGUGGGACGUUCCAAAACGAACAUACAGGUUUAACGCGAUAUUUCAAUACGCUCCCUUCCCGCAGAGAGAGCUACGAUUUCACCGUAUUCCGUUGUAGUCCCGUUGUAGUUCUUUAAGCGAAAGGGUGUGACAAAGUCACAUGCCUGUGUACGCGAGCAGUGUUUAGCGAGCAGUCUGUUUAGCGAGCGAGCGAGCGAGCGAGCGCUCCUGGAGGGGAGCAUCAGCGAAUCAGUGGCGAGGAGACGCUUGAAGGGGAAGCCGCCAUCUUCUCCGUCCUCCUCUCUAGGACCCCCAGCCCCCAGUCCCCCCCAGCCCCCGGUCCCCCACAUCAUCCCUCAUAGCCCUCAUCAUAUCAAGUGUUUUUUUUGUUUUUUUAAAUCCUUUCCUUAACAUGUAUUUUUGUUGUUUGUUGCCUUAUUAUAUAAUUGUUAUUGUUACCGUUUUAUCUUCUGCUGCUUGUUCUACAUACUGAUGUUGGACGCUUUUCUGUUAAAUAAAUGUGUAAUGCCGAUGACUAUUUUUUACUGAGAAAUCUGGCUUCAGUGGAAACGGAGACCCUGUCUCUGUAGGGGCGUGCAGGGCCUGGUGCCGGGCCUGGUGCAGGGCCUGGUGCGGGUUUAGUGUAGGGGUCCGGGGGUCGCCUGUUAGCGCUGUAAGUCAGGAAGGAGGCUGCCGUUUUCUAGUCCUGUAUAUUACCCUGCUUUCAUUCUGCAUCUAUCCCAUGAGUCACCUCCGACUGAAAUAGGUUUGUUAGGCUUUGAAAAAUUAUGUAGGUAGAUUGAAGAGUACAUUUAAAAGAAAUUGGGCUGCUGUACAUUUGUUUGCUAAAGAUCUUGGUGGUAGUGUUUGAGAACCCUAAAAAGAAAAAAGACCCUCCAAGCCGUACAGGUGACGCCCCCCCCCCCCCCCCCCCCCCCGCCCCCCCCCGCCGGGGGCCAGUCAUUUUAGGGUUGAAGUUCCUGUGAUCAAGUGGUAGUGUUUAUACAUUGCAUUCCAAAUGUGUUGAAGCUUAAGGGAAAACACAUUUUUAAUUUAAAAUAAAAACGGAGCUGGAAACUCCCUCUCCAAAAAAUUCCAUAAAUGGCAAAAAAUAAAUCUGACUUAUUAAUCAUGUCUGUGUCAGAUUGUGAGUGGGGAACGUGUCGUUUUUCUUGCAAGAUAAAAUGAUUCGUUUCAAUGGUUCAAUGUUUUUUUUUUUUGUAUUUUUUUUUUUUUUUUGCUUUUUUUUUUUUUUUUGGAGGGGGGUUGGGUUGUGAUAUGGGUUGGUGUCUUUAUUUUGAGGGAGUAGGGUCUGGAUAAGGUUCCUUUGGUUAUCCAGGCCUGGGUGACCACUUCUUGCUUUGUGUUCACAUGAGAAAAAUGUAUAAAAAUCGUAAAUAUGUAUACAUUUUUAAGAAAUCGUGCUAACAUUGAAAUGCAUUAUACAUGUAUGAUUUUAAAAUCACAUUGGAUUUUAAUAUGAACAGAAUGCUUACAAUAAAAGAAAAACCUCAGUUAUAUUUA